ACCAUUCUCACUCCACUCCACUCCCGCAGCCACAAGUAAGACGGGCGUCGUCGUCUUUGCCUUCUCCAUCGCAUUCGUUUUACUCGAAAUCCAGGAUUAGAAUUAGAAUGGAUUCUUCCCAUUGAUUAUCUUCCGUUUCACAAAUCACACACAGAUUCUGGAGUUUCUCCUCGCACUGCUGCGCUGCGCUAUUAGGUAGGAGCAUUGGCCACUUCUUCUUAGUUUCCUUCCCUUCGGUCGAGGAUGGAGAAGGAGAAGAAUGACAAUCUUGAGGUCUUCCUCCAGGCUGCCACUCCACACCUGCGCUGGCGCUCCGCCUCCAUCUUCAUGGUUGAUGAAUGUUUCCAAGCACCCAGCAAUGUUUGGCAGCUUGACAGCAAGAAAGACGAGGUCGACUACUUCACCCUCCAGGAUCUCUGGGAGCAUUACGCCGAAAGCAGCGUGUAUGGCCUUGCUGUUCCUGCCCGUCUUGAAUCUGGCAACACCACCAUCACCCAGCAUUUUGUUCCCUACUUAUCUGCUCUUCAGUUAUACACCACCAAGCCUCUUCUUGCUUCCUCCAGAGGCAGUAUGGCGAGCGAGACUGAUUCCUGGAGUGAUGGUAGUACGGGCGACAAGUUAUCUAGGUCAUGGGAUGCUGCUUUGUCUGAUGACGACUACUCAAGCCAGCAUAGCUCCAGUUCAUUAUCUGCAAAGCAAGAUGGACGCCUGAAUUUUCAGUACAUCGAGUGGAGCUCCCCCUACGAGAGAGUUCCACUAGCAGAUAAGGUGGCAGAGCUGGCUCAACGCUAUCCAUGCUUGACUUCACUCAACAGUGCACAACUUUCACCCUCAAGCUGGAUGUCUGUAGCAUGGUACCCCAUUUAUCAUAUCCCUGCUAAUAGAAACCUCAAGGGGUCAUCUGCAUGUUUUCUGACAUACCAUUCCCUCUCAUCAGUUUUCCAAGACAAUGUUAGUGGCAGCAGCAGCAGGAGUGCUGGUGUUUCGCCGUUUGGGUUGGCGACGUACAGAGCGGAAGGGGAGCUAUGGGCAUCGGCGAGGAGCUCUCACCUCUACUGGGCAGCGUCUUCUUGGCUCAAGCAACUGCGAGCCUACCAUCCCGACUUCAUCUUCUUCACAUCUCACCGGCCAUCUGCGUUCUUACCCCCACGCUUACUCUGAUGGUGCUACGUACAUGCUGAACAUUUUUGCAGGAGGAAAUUGUUUUGUCUGCCACAUUGCAAAAUAAAUUGAAUCGAAUGACAUUUUG